GGGAUUUGUUCUCCCUCCCCCCGUGUUUUUGGCCAGCUGCUUUCCUAAUGAGCUACAAACCGAGGCGGGAGGAAUGUGCGGGGCUUGUGCUGCCAUCUGCCGAGCAAUACCCCACGCGAGGCCUCGAUCUCUUAAAAUCGAUGGACCCCGAAAGCGGCAUCCAGAACAGAGAUAAUUAAAGCAGGAGGCGAUUAUCCCCGAUCGCCCCUUUGAUACCUGCACAGUGAGAAGGCGCUGCCUUUGAGCUAGAUGGCGUUAGAUAACCUCCGUUUAGAGGCUUCACUCCGGGUAGCCAAUGGCUCCUUGCGGAAACAAGUAAACUGUAUAUCUGAAAGCCAGACUUUCUAGAGAGGAGUGCCCAGCCCCGACACUCACGCCACCCUGGCUUCUUUCUCUUUAUCAGCGGGGCACUUAGAAUUUGGAAAUAUUUCUAAUGCGUCUUCACACCCCCCCCCCCCCCUUAGCCCGAUUCCUUAACUCUCUACACUUUAGGAUGCGUGAACACGGAUUAUGUUGGCAAUCCACCCAUCCCAUGUUGGAAUGGAAGUGACGUCUCCACUCCGUUCCCAUAGGCCAGAAGCUUGGAAAAGGGGCGGUGUUGGGACAAAUUCCGCUUUCCCAGGAGCCGGACAUCAGUCUCUUAAGGUCAUUCAUUUGGAAUCAGUACAGCAUGACAUACCUGUGAUCUGUCAGAAGAAAAAGGACUUUACUUGGAGGAAUUACCAAAUCUUGUUCUGAAGAAAGUGCAAAAGCAAAGGGGCACAGUCACUGAAACAGCUACAAUUAAAGGCUAGUGUCAGUAUUGUCUUCUUGACAUCCUUGAAGAAUUCAGCAGUUGCUGUUUGUUGCUUGCUUUAACACAGGAAGUAUAUGGAAAUAGAAGAGAAGGAGUAAGCAAGAAUUUGUAAUCUCCUUUGUCACAGCUUCCUCAUCUUAGAGGUGAGUUAAAGAAGGGAACUGCUGAGUCGUUCUCUUUUUCUUUCCCCUUUGUUCACUUCCACGUAUGCUGGAAUUGGAGUAGUCUUCUGCUUUCAUAAUUCUGCCAGAAGCAGAUGGUUUUGAAGGGAGCGAAACAGCAGCACUCUUUCCAGGUAUUUCAGUAAAUACGUCAUUAGAGGUUAUGAAUAUGGCAUGUUUAACCGUUUGGGUGUGCUUGUUGAAUAUUUUCACAAUGGCUUGGACCCAUGGAAUAGCUAGAGGAGGCCACUUGCUCGAGGAUCUCCCAUUUCUCACUGUCUGGAAUGCUCCAAGUCAAGAAUGCCAAGAGAAAUACAACGUGUCUCUCAACUUAAGGAUUUUUGAUGUGGUUGUAAACCGGAAUGAAUCAUUCUUGGGCAAGCAAAUGACCCUUUUCUACAGCAACAGGUUAGGAUAUUAUCCAUAUUAUACCAAGAAUGGAACUGUAGUUUAUGGGGGUGUUCCACAGAAUGCCAGUCUAGAACAUCAUCUCUGGAAGGCUCAGCAAGACAUUAAAAAAACUAUCUUAGAGACCAGCUUCAAAGGCCUGGCAGUAAUUGACUGGGAGAGUUGGCGUCCGUUGUGGGUUCGGAACUGGGGCUCCAUGGAAAUCUAUAAGAAUAAAUCUAUGGAUCUGGUGAAGGGUCUGCACCCAGACUGGUCCACUGACAAAGUAGCUAAGAAAGCCCAGCUGGAAUUUGAGCAAAGUAGCCAGGCGUUCAUGGAGCAGACUUUGGUACUUGGCAAAACUUUAAGGCCUGGGGGUUUCUGGGGAUUCUAUGGCUUCCCAAACUGCUAUAACUAUGAAAACAAACAGGACAAUUACACAGCAGAAUGUCCAGAGAUUGAGAAGCAGAGAAAUGAAAAACUGCAGUGGCUCUGGAACCAGAGUUUGGCUCUCUAUCCAAGCAUUUAUCUCCCCAAGGAGAUUAGACUUCUCAACAAAAGUCUGGAAUUUGUCCGUCAUCGAGUCCAGGAAGCAUUCAGGAUGGUGAACCAGACAAGGAAUGGCAGCAUUCCAGUGUUACCUUAUGCUUCCAUUAUAUAUGAGCAUACCCAGAUGGCUUUCCUGUCACAGGAGGACUUGGUCCACACUAUUGGAGAGAGUGCUUCCCAAGGUGCUGCUGGGGUCAUCUUGUGGGGGAGUGAUAAUUACAGCUGCUCACAGGAAGCUUGUCUUCAUGUGAAGAAGUAUAUGGAUACUGUCCUUGGUCACUACAUUAUAAAUGUCACCAGCAGUGCCAGGCUUUGCAGCCAGAUAUUGUGUUUCAGUCAUGGACGCUGCAUGCGGCAAGACAGUCACCCGGAAGCUUUUCUGCACCUCAGUCCUACCAGCUUUACUAUUGAGAGGCAUCCCACAGAGCCACGCUUAAUUGUGACUGGUCGCAUGCCAGAAGAGGAACAAGUGAAGAUGGCAGAAGAAUUUAGAUGCCGAUGUUAUAGUGGCUGGGAUGGCCCACAAUGCAACAAGAAGUCAUCUCGGAAUCAGUGAUACUCCACCUAGAAUAUAAAUUCCAUGGGGGCUCAUACAUGCAGGUAUUUGCAUACUUUUUCAGAAAGAAAAGUACUUUCCUACAGGACAUAUACUUAUUUUAUCAUGAGCAGCACAUGUAACAAGCAUAUAGCACAUCAGUCUUGUCACAUUAGCUGCCUAUACCUUCCAGUCAACAUGUGAGCAUUCAUACACACAUAGGUGUGCUUAGUACAGAUGCACACUUGGCUUUCUCCUAAACACUACUUUCCACUCACAAGCUAUACAGAGAGAGAGAGAGAGAGAGAGAGAGAGAGAAGUGAUAGCUUUUUUACAAUACUCUACCCACACCUAAAACAUACUACAUGGAAAAUAUAAAGCAAUCAUCUAUACUUGUGUUUGUAAUUACAUAAUCUAGUAAAUGUUGCUUGCAGUUUGUAUUUAGCUAUGAACUUGGCUUCCACUGCAAAGUUCCACAACCACCUAGUCUAUUGUGUGUGUGAUUUUCUAGCUGGCUCCUAGUCUGUUAAAGCUAUUAUGAGAUGCAAAACUGUCCUGUUCUCGGGCUUUUAAAUAAAUUGAGAUGUCUUGGUUUGA